AUGGCGGCGUCGGCCGCGACAUACAAGGAUCGCCAACUCCUAGCUGUGAUUGGCGAUGAAGAGUAUGAUCAGUCUUCCCAGCUUUCUGCUACUAUUCUUGUUCUAGUCAAGCUAACAGAUUCCCCAUAUAGCUCAGUGACAGGUCUCCUUCUAGCGGGUAUCGGACAUGUUACCGACCCACCGGAUGCGCAGCGCAAUUUCCUCGUCGUCGACGCUAAGACCGAAACAUCGGAGAUUGAGCGAGCAUUCCAGACGUUCACACAGGAGAGAAAGGAUAUUGCCAUUAUUUUAAUCAAUCAACACGUUGCCGAGCGUAUUCGCAAUAGCGUUGACAGCUUCACCGAGCCUUUCCCCGCCGUUCUCGAAAUUCCUAGCAAAGAUCACCCUUACGACCCGGAGAAGGACAGUGUGCUCAAGCGUGUCCGCCGACUCUUUGGCGAGUAA